GGAGCGGCGACGUGGGGUGCGCAUCGCUGCGCUCCCUCCUCCGGUCGCGGCCUUUUUUUUCCUCUCUUCCUUUCCUCUUUCCUUCCGCUCUCUUCCCGGCCUCGGCAGCGAAGCGUGAUGGGGGCGGCCGUCUUUUGCCCCCCCUUCGCCGGCCCCGCCGCCUUCCCCAGCCGCUGACAGGGCCGGCGGCCCCCCGCGGCCUUCGGACGCCCCCAGAAGACUCCAGCAAGAAGGUAAACUUGGAAGGAUUCUGACCCCUUCACUUUUAAUUUCUCAAUCGCACUACAAGCAACCAGAAUGUCGGGGGCUUCCGUGAAGGUGGCUGUUCGGGUCCGGCCCUUCAACUCCCGAGAAACCAGCAAAGAAUCCAAAUGUAUCAUCCAGAUGCAAGGCAAUUCAACCAGUAUUAUCAACCCAAAGAAUCCUAAGGAAGCGCCAAAGUCCUUCAGCUUUGACUACUCCUAUUGGUCCCACACAUCGCCUGAAGAUCCCUGUUUUGCAUCACAGAGCCGUGUGUACAAUGAUAUUGGAAAGGAGAUGUUGCUGCAUGCCUUUGAGGGCUACAAUGUGUGCAUUUUUGCCUAUGGACAAACCGGAGCUGGGAAAUCCUACACGAUGAUGGGCAAGCAGGAGGAGAGCCAAGCAGGGAUAAUCCCCCAGCUAUGUGAAGAACUGUUUGAGAAAAUCAAUGACAACAGCAAUGAAGAAAUGUCAUACUCUGUAGAGGUGAGUUACAUGGAGAUCUACUGUGAAAGAGUCCGGGACUUGUUGAACCCGAAGAACAAAGGGAAUUUGCGGGUGCGAGAACAUCCUCUGCUUGGACCUUAUGUGGAAGAUCUGUCCAAGUUAGCAGUCACGUCUUACACAGACAUUGCAGACCUCAUGGAUGCUGGAAACAAAGCCAGGACUGUGGCAGCUACCAACAUGAAUGAAACUAGUAGCCGCUCUCAUGCCGUGUUUACAAUUGUCUUUACUCAGAAGAAACAUGAUGCAGAAACUGAUCUUUCCACAGAGAAGGUCAGCAAGAUUAGCCUUGUGGAUCUAGCUGGGAGUGAGCGAGCUGAUUCAACUGGUGCCAAAGGAACCCGAUUAAAGGAAGGAGCAAAUAUAAACAAGUCUCUCACAACUCUGGGCAAAGUUAUUUCAGCAUUGGCAGAGGUGGAUAACUGCACCAGCAAGACUAAGAAGAAGAAGAAAACAGACUUCAUACCAUACAGAGAUUCUGUACUAACAUGGCUUCUUCGAGAAAAUCUAGGUGGUAACUCCCGAACUGCUAUGGUUGCUGCUUUGAGUCCAGCGGAUAUCAACUACGAUGAAACUUUGAGCACUUUAAGGUAUGCUGAUCGUGCAAAACAGAUUAAAUGUAAUGCUGUUAUCAAUGAAGAUCCCAAUGCCAAGCUGGUGCGUGAGCUGAAGGAGGAGGUGACAAGGCUUAAGGAUCUGCUGCGAGCCCAGGGACUGGGAGAUAUUAUUGACAUUGAUCCAAUGGGAGAUGAAUACUCUGGAAGUGGAGGCAAAUAUCUGAAAGAUUUUCAGAACAAUAAACAUAGAUACUUGCUAGCCUCCGAGAAUCAACGUCCUGGCAAUUUUUCCACAGCCUCCAUGGGUUCCCUCACUGCAUCUCCAUCCUCCUGCUCUCUCAGUAGUCAGGUGGGCUUAACAUCUGUGUCCAGUAUACAGGAAAGAAUCAUGUCAACACCUGGAGGAGAAGAAGCAAUUGAACGGUUGAAGGAAUCUGAGAAGAUCAUUGCAGAGCUGAAUGAAACAUGGGAAGAGAAGCUGAGGAAAACAGAGGCCAUUAGGAUGGAAAGGGAGGCAUUGUUGGCAGAAAUGGGAGUUGCCAUUCGUGAAGAUGGAGGAACGCUGGGAGUCUUCUCACCUAAAAAGACUCCUCAUCUUGUAAACCUUAAUGAAGAUCCACUCAUGUCUGAAUGUCUGCUCUACUACAUCAAAGAUGGUAUUACUAGGGUUGGCCAAGCUGAUGCUGAGCGAAGGCAGGAUAUUGUAUUGAGUGGGGCUCAUAUCAAAGAAGAGCACUGUAUCUUCCGGAGCGAGAGGAACAACAAUGGUGAAGUUAUUGUUACUCUGGAGCCUUGCGAACGAUCAGAAACCUAUGUUAAUGGCAAGAGGGUUGUGCAGCCUGUGCAGUUGCGCUCAGGAAAUCGUAUCAUCAUGGGUAAGAACCAUGUCUUCCGAUUCAACCAUCCAGAGCAAGCACGAGCAGAAAGAGAGAAAACUCCAUCAGCUGAGACUCCCUCUGAGCCAGUUGACUGGACUUUUGCUCAGAGGGAGCUUCUGGAGAAGCAGGGAAUUGACAUGAAGCAGGAAAUGGAGAAAAGAUUACAAGAAAUGGAGAUUUUGUAUAAGAAGGAAAAAGAGGAAGCAGAUCUCUUGUUGGAGCAGCAAAGGCUGGACUAUGAGAGUAAGCUGCAAGCCUUACAGAAGCAGGUAGAGACACGAUCCUUGGCAGCUGAAACAACAGAGGAGGAGGAAGAGGAGGAAGAAGUGCCCUGGACACGACAUGAGUAUGAACUCGCGCAGUGGGCUUUCAGGAAAUGGAAGUUUCACCAGUUCACUUCACUGAGGGACCUACUCUGGGGAAAUGCGGUGUAUCUGAAAGAAGCCAAUGCUAUCAGUGUAGAGUUAAAGAAAAAGGUGCAAUUUCAGUUUGUCCUGCUGACAGACACCCUCUACUCACCGCUGCCACCAGAGCUUUUGCCCACUGAGGCGGAGAAGACCCGGGACAACAGGCCUUUUCCCCGCACAGUGGUAGCUGUGGAAGUCCAGGAUCUGAAGAAUGGAGCAACACAUUACUGGUCCUUAGAAAAACUCAAGCAGAGGUUGGACCUGAUGCGGGAGAUGUAUGACAGAGCUGGGGAAAUGGCAUCUAGUACGCAGGAUGAAAGUGAAAGCACAAUGACAGGCAGUGACCCCUUUUAUGAUCGCUUUCAUUGGUUCAAGCUGGUUGGAAGCUCCCCCAUUUUCCAUGGCUGCGUGAAUGAGCGUCUUGCUGAUCGCACGCCCUCCCCCACUUUCUCCACGGCUGACUCUGACAUCACCGAACUGGCUGAUGAACAGCAGGAUGAGAUGGAGGACUUUGAUGAUGAGGCCUUUGUGGAUGACACUGGCUCCGACGCUGGAACCGAGGAGGGAUCAGACCUCUUCAAUGAUGGGCACGACCCGUUUUACGACCGAUCCCCUUGGUUCAUUUUAGUGGGAAGAGCAUUUGUAUACCUGAGCAAUCUGCUGUACCCAGUGCCUCUUAUUCACCGAGUAGCUGUUGUUAGCGAGAAGGGAGAAGUGCGAGGAUUUCUGCGAGUAGCAGUGCAAGCUAUAGCAGCUGAUGAAGAAGCUCCAGAUUAUGGAUCUGGUAUUCGACAGUCUGGCACAGCUAAAAUUUCAUUUGACAAUGAAUAUUUUGACAAGACUGAUUUUUCUUCGGUUGCGAUGACUCGUUCUGGACUGUCAUUGGAAGAAUUAAGAAUUGUGGAAGGGCAGGGACAGAAUUCAGAGGUUAUCACUCCUCCAGAGGAGAUCAACAGAAUGAAUGAGCUAGACCUGAAGUCAGGCACUUUACUGGAUGGAAAGAUGACCAUGGAAGGAUUCACUGAAGAAAUUGGUAAUCACUUGAAACUGGGUAGCGUGUUUACCUUCCGUGUGACAGUGCUACAAGCCAGCGGCAUCCUUCCUGAAUACGCAGAUAUUUUCUGCCAGUUCAACUUUUUGCAUCGGCACGAUGAAGCUUUCUCAACUGAACCUCUCAAAAACAAUGGUCGUGGGACUCCCCUUGGGUUUUACCAUGUUCAGAAUAUUGCUGUGGAAGUGACAGAAUCAUUUGUGGAGUACAUCAAAACGAAGCCUAUCGUAUUUGAAGUCUUUGGGCACUAUCAGCAGCACCCUCUCCAUCUUCAAGGACAGGACCUCAAUAGCCCUCCACAACCUUCCCGAAGAUUCUUUCCUCCCCCUAUGCCACUCUCAAAGCCAGUGCCAGCUACGAAGCUAAAUACUAUGAGCAAACCCAGCUUGGGCCAGAGUGUGAGCAAAUAUGACCUUCUUGUCUGGUUUGAGAUCAGUGAAUUGGAGCCAACGGGGGAGUAUAUUCCUGCUAUUGUGGACCACACUGGAGGCCUGCCUUGUCAGGGGACAUUCCUGCUUCACCAGGGAAUCCAGCGUAGAAUCACAGUCACCAUUAUCCAUGAGAAGGGCAAUGAGUUGCACUGGAAAGAUGUACGAGAGCUGGUUGUUGGACGUAUAAGAAACAAAGCCGAGGUAGAUGAAGCAGCUGUGGAUGCUAUUCUGUCUCUGAAUAUUAUCUCUGCAAAAUACCUGAAGUCGUCUCACAGCUCCAGUAGGACUUUCUAUCGUUUUGAAGCAGUUUGGGAUAGCUCCUUGCAUAAUUCCCUUCUCCUCAAUCGAGUGACGCCAUAUGGAGAGAAGAUAUAUAUGACCCUUUCUGCUUACCUGGAGCUUGAUCAUUGCAUUCAGCCUGCUGUUAUAACAAAGGAUGUUUGCAUGGUCUUUUACUCACGAGAUGCCAAGAUCUCCCCGCCACGAUCGCUGCGCAAUCUGUUUGGCAGUGGCUACUCCAAAUCUCCAGAUUCCAAUCGAGUAACUGGGAUCUAUGAACUAAGUUUAUGCAAAAUGGCAGACACAGGAAGUCCAGGAAUGCAGAGGAGGAGGAGGAAAGUCCUAGAUACAUCUGUGGCAUAUGUGCGUGGAGAAGAGAACCUGGCAGGUUGGAGGCCCCGCGGUGACAGUCUCAUUCUAGAGCAUCAGUGGGAAUUGGAGAAACUGGAACUGCUGCAUGAGGUGGAAAAAACACGGCACUUCCUACUGCUUCGUGAGAAGCUCGGUGACAGCAUCCCCAAGUCUCUGAGUGACUCGUUGUCUCCCAGUCUGAGCAGUGGAACCCUCAGCACCUCCACUAGCAUUUCCUCCCAGAUUUCAACCACAACAUUUGAGAGUGCUGUGACGCCCAGUGAGAGCAGUGGCUAUGACUCCACAGAUAUUGAGAGCCUGGUGGAUCGGGAGAAAGAGCUGGCCACCAAGUGUCUGCAGCUUCUUACUCACACUUUCAAUCGGGAAUUUAACCAGGUGUACAACAGCAUCAGUGAUUGUAAGUUGUCUGAUAUUUCUCCCAUUGGGCGGGACCCAUCAGUGUCAAGCUUCAGCAGUGCUACCCUCACACCUUCAUCUACCUGUCCUUCGCUGGUGGAUUCAAGAUGCAAUUCAAUUGAUCAGAAGACUCCAGAAGCAAAUUCUCGUGCCUCCAGUCCCUGUCAUGAGAUGGAACAGUUCCAGAUAAUUCCUGCAGUAGAAAGUUCCUAUCUUGCCAGAGCUGGAAAGAAUGAAUUCCUAAAUCUUGUUCCUGAUAUUGAGGAAAUCAGACCAGGCUCUGUGGUCUCAAAGAAAGGAUACCUCCACUUCAAGGAACCACUCUCCAGCUCUUGGGCCAAGCACUUUGUGGUGGUCCGCCGUCCCUAUGUUUUUAUUUACAACAGUGACAAAGAUCCUGUGGAAAGAGGGAUCAUAAACUUAUCCACAGCUCAGGUGGAAUACAGUGAGGAUCAGCAGGCAAUGGUAAAGACACCCAACACCUUUGGUGUGUGCACAAAGCAUCGUGGGGUCCUGCUCCAGGCCAUCAACGACAAAGACAUGAAUGACUGGUUAUACGCCUUCAACCCACUUCUCGCUGGCACGAUAAGGUCAAAACUGGCUCGAAGACGCACGGGCCAACUGAAGUACUGAGUCCAUGUAAUGUUCUCAUCUGUUCUCCCUAACUCGCCUUCUGAUAGAUAAAGUGUUACCUCUCAUUUUCUCUUUGUGAUUCUUGACAGUUUCUCUUGUAUGUAAUCCUGUGGCUUAACAUCCCCUACCUUCCCAACUCCAUCACAUUUUCUAGAUAUUCUAACACUACCUUGUUUCUUUUCACUUGUGCAGAGAAUCCUACUGGUAGCAUGUGGCCAAACAAAAAGGGAAAAGGAAAAAAAAAAGUGAUUAUGCACGACUCUAAAAAAGAAAAAAAAUCUUAUAACAAUUGUUUUCCCAUUCCAACUGACCUUUUGGUGUCUGUCCCACUGUCCAUUGUUGUCUGUCCAGAGCGCUGCAGGUUUUUCAUUCAGUUUGUGACUUGGCAAUAGUCAUCGGUUCCCUCAGGGCAAAGUGCUAAUGCCAGGGCAAGAUUAUCCCUUCUAUGUAGACAAUACCCGACCAGGAACUGCAAUAGCUCCUCAGGCUUUCUGGAUCCAGCCUCCGAUUUAAACUCUGUUGAAAGCUGAUGUUGGAUAAAUCUAUCUGGGCAGACUGGAUUUUGGACUUGGUGCAAGUUUUUGAGUUCCCCAGAUCCAACAGACUAAGACAUAAACCAGAAAGGUAGGGAACAAAUCAAGAGGGGCUGGCUGCAAUGAUCUACCUUUAAACUUUUGCAGUGGGGGUGCAGGUGAGCAUUGCUUGGCUCUAACUCUUCCCCUGAGACAUCAACAGUACUUGUCUGUGAGCUGAGCAGACAGAACUGGAGGAAAAAUAAAAUAAAAUAAAAUAAAACUGAAAUAUUAGAUACAUUGUCUAAAAUUUUAGGUGCUCAGCCUCAGAUUUGACACAGGUGGAGAGUGUUGAAGGUGAGGAACAAAGUGUGGUCAUUCCCUGGAGCGUUUUCAGGAGAUCACCACAGGAGGGCAAUAUCUCCCCUUUCUGCUUUUAGCUCUGACUUUGGGGUUACUGUAGCGGCAGUCCUCACCUCUCCUGGAAGAGAUUUCCACUUGUAAUUGGUUUGUGAGGAAACAGUUUUUUGGCAUUAUUCUGAAAUGCCUGCUUUAUGCAUGCACCCCCUACCUGUAAUAUUCAGCUGACAUCCUGUCUGUCCAUGGGGCAAGUACCCUCUGCCUACAAAAUGCUUUCUAGACCUUGCACUUGCAGUAUUCUUCAGGGAACAGCAGGACACUUUCACUUCCGUUUGGAAUAACUGUUGAAUGUCUCUUAAUCUACCUGCUGCAAUUCUCAUCAGCUAACCCCCCCCACGUACUUUUAAUUUCAGAAAUAAUCCUUCCUGCAGGACGGAUCAAGUAGAUUCUGGUCCUGGUCAGUGGGGUGUAACAUCUGGCUUCUUGGAGAUCAGCUGUGUGCUGGUAGUUCUUGACCUACAAUGGAAGUUCUCCUUGUGGGCAAAGCUUUGCUCCUUGCCGUAAGAAAGGAAGGCAAAAUGAGUUUCCUUCCUGAGAAGUGAGCUCAUCUUUCUUAGUUAGUUUUUCAGGGAGGCUGGGGGCUUUUCUUUGUUUUCUUUUACUGUGUUUCAGACUGCUACGCUGUACUUUCUUGACUUACCUUGGGCACUGAUAGGGCUAGCUGUGAUCCUGGGGGAACGUGCAGGAAUUUCAUCCUGAGGUUCCUGUCUCUUGGGGAGAGAUAAAAGGGUUUUGUUCCACCAUUACAGUAGGCACAUCUAGGGGAAAAAAUAGUUUUGUGACUCCAGCUCAGGAAGGUCAUUUUGAUUCAGGUCACUCAUCAGCAGGUCUCGCUAUGCCUUGGAAGUUCUGUGGCCAAAAGUAAAUGUGGGACUGUCAUCAGCUCAGCACUUUUUUUUUUAGCUUUAUGAGUUUUUCAUUUGAUAAAGUGCAAUGCAUAAUGGGACCUCCUAAAAGGAUGGUUGGAAAAAGGAGCAGGGAGAUGGAGUCUGACACUUGCUAGGACAUAUCCUUAUGUAUUUCAAGAUAGUACUCAAGCUAAAUCAUGUGCUCAUCUUGUCUCCUAUGGACCUCAGAUUUAUUUCAGAACUGGAACCCAGAGUGAGUGUAUGUCCUGGGGACCCAGGAGCAUCAUAGUUGUUUUUUUCCUUCUGUUUUUGUCUUGUUUAAUGGUAUGUGACUCUUAAUACAGUGAUGAUAGUUCUUUGUUAUGCAAUGGGCGCUAUGCACUCCCAGUGUGUGGAUAAGUAAGACCACUAGAGCUGGGAGUGGGCUCCCCAGGCUGGAGCUAAGCCGAUCUCAAGAUGUAUUAAGAAUGAAUUAGGUUAAUUUUAAGCACUAAAUUGUUGCUGCCACCACCACCACUGUAUACGAUAAAAGUGGAACCAGUCUGAGGAGGGCGAGCAAUUUAAGUGGUGGUAUUAUGUAACGCACUGAGAGAUAAAAAUUUUAAUUUUUAUCUUUUUUUUUUACUAGAAGAAAGCUAGUUUGCUAAGUCUUUGCUUUGGAUAAACCAGAAAAUGAACCAUGGAGAAAUAAGCAUUAGAUAGAAACACGAUUAAGGGAUCUUCCUUUGAAAACAGGAAGAGACGGAUGCUUAUUUUAUACAGAGCUGGACUUGGUACAGCUGUGUUGCAUAAGUGUCUUAUAUCUAAAGACUCCAAGCAGCUUCUGAUGGCUUGAUGUCUGUAUGGAUAACAGGUCAUCAGAAGAACAAGAUGCUAUUUUUAAACAUCGGUAUCUCUUAAAGCUGCAUAAUCUAUGACAAAAUCAAUUUUCACGUGAAGUUCAAGUGGGCAUUACUAUUACUGUGUCUGACAUAAAGGCACAUGGUUUUUCAGUAUGUACUGAGACAAUGGUUUCCCUACUUAAAACUGGGUGACUGAAAUCCAAAUUUUCUUCUAGAGGAUAACAAAGCCAAAAAAAAAAUACAUGGAUUUCCAUUCACUUCAAAGCUUUUUUUAUUUAGCCUGACAAGUUAAAUUUGUUUGUUUAGAAGGGAAAAUAUGCUAAGCUGCCUUCUUGUUGACAUGAAAGAACCCUCUCUUGGUUAUGCUUAUGAUGUCCUGGAGUCAGACAGCUCUCGGGACCAGCCACUAGAGGCAAAGCAUCGUGCUGUGGGCCUGCCAGCCCAUUGAGCAUAAACACUCAUAGCAAACCUGAUAGGCAUUUCUUAGAGAGAGUUGAGAGUGAAGCUGUGCCAGUUUGGGUUUUUCUAUGUUCAUCAGUGAAUGGGAGAAGAAAAUUAUCUUUCGGUCCAAUGAAAACCCUGUGAUGUUUGAUGGAGCUUCCUGGAUAUUUUUAAAACUAAACUAAACCUCCUAUACUGUAUUUUAGAAAUGCACUUUAAGUACUUUUUAAAAGAAGAUUCCUAUAUUGUGGGAUGCAGAAGGGAAGGUAAUAUUAUUUCCAAAGCACUGAGAUGUUUUUUUUCUUGCCAGUGUGUAAUAGUCCUUAUUACUGAUUAGCAAGGUAUUUCAAAGCAAAGACUUUACCUUUUGCUGCUUGUUAUCUAAUUUACAGGGAUUUAAUUUUAUGUAAUGUAUUGUAUAUUUAUACAUCUGUAAUUAAUUGCACCUUAGAUAAGAAAGAGGAUUAGCUUUGGAAUAACACCCCUUGGUACUCUCCCAUCAACUAAUACUGCCUCUGCAUCUUUCUGGUACACUUACACAGCCUCAGUUUGUGUUAGUUUAUACUGUGGUGGUGUUUUUGUUGAACAUGCAGUUGUUAACCUGCUGCUCGAAGGAAGGAUACUAAUGCUGCUCUGGAACGGUUUGCUGAAUGUACUUCAAAAUGGGUCUCCAACGUGCGCGUUGCAUCUCUCCAUUGUGGUUAAUAACCCCAAUGUGUGGUCUGAACUAUACUGUAUGUAGCAGGAAUGUAUUAAUUUUGUGCUUCCUUGUUUAAAAACAUCAGGCGUUCAAGAACAGGACUGAGAUUUUUUUGUUCAGAAGGCCAUUUAUGCGUUCUAAGUAUUUGAAAUCUAAACUAGUCCAACACUAACCAGAUGGUUGUGUCCAAUGUCAAUUGGAACAGUUUUUAAAUUAACAGGAGCAGACGUGUAUUCAGAAAACUGAGGGUGUGGAGGUCAAAACUCUUGAAUUCUUAAUGUUGCCAAGUUAUGGCCUGAUCCUGAGCAGUACUGAGCUACCUCUUGCUCAUGCUGAAUCCAAGGAGUAGAAGCAGAGGGAGUCCUGGACGAUCAGCGCUUCCCAGGAUCAGUUCUUAAUUUUCCACUCUGCUUGUUCAUACUUCACGUGCAGUUGAUUAACGUUCUUGACUUUGGACAUUAGACAUGCUGUUGCACUGAAACACAUCCUUUUUCUUCUUGCAGUUCCCAUUUCCCUGUUUAACCUCUCUGUACACAAGGUAUACAAGGUAUACACUGUAUAAGUGGCCUUCUUGAACAAAUGUCUUUGCAAACUGAUUUCAUCCCAGCGAAGGAGUGCAUCAGCAACACUGUACAUUAAUUUCAGAUUUUCAUUUUCAUAUUUUAUUUUGUAAAUAUCUGAUGUUUGGAGCUUGAGUAUACAAAAUGUAAAUAUAGUUCAUGUAUUUGUACUAAUUCUGAUCCAUUUGCUGUAUAGCCUUAGGUGUGCAAUGCAGAUAUUAUCUAACUGUGUAUGGUAACCUUGCACCACUGAGCUGUUAGUGAACGAGGUGAAACAAUAAAGGUACAACCAAGUGCA